AUGCAGAGACCGAGAGCGGGGAGCUUUCAUCAGGACGCCGAGUCGGACAGCGACUUCUCCGUGAGCAUGCUGCUCAAGUUCUGCGAGGAAGACCGAUCCUAUUGGGAGGAGUGCUACAACAAGGUCAGCAAGACCGCGGAAGAGUACAAGCGAGAGAUCGAGGACUUGAAGGCCAAGAAUUCCUUCUUGAGACUCUGGAUUCAGACCGACCACAACGGUCUCGAUGGUCCUGGGUUCAGCGACGUCGUCUUGUUCGCCGCCAAAGACGGUCCCAACGGUGGUCUAUCGAAGCCGGUCCCAGCACACAAGGCCGUUCUGGCGAGCCGGUCUCCUGUAUUCAAAGCAAUGCUUGAGCACGAGAUGGAAGAAAGCCGAAGCAACAAUAUCAAGAUAAAUGAGGUGUCCUAUGAUGCCCUCCGUGCAUUUGUCAAUUAUCUUUAUUCUGCUGAAGCGUUCCUCGACGAGCGAAUGGCUUAUGAUCUUCUAGUAUUAGCUGAAAAGUAUCAGGUACAGCACCUCAAAGAUUAUUGCGAGAAGUUCUUGGUAUCCAAAUUGAACUGGGAGAACUCGAUCAUAAACUAUGCCUUUGCUCACCGGCACAAUGCGAAGCAUCUCCUUGAGGCCGCCUUGUCCAUAAUUUUAGUCAACAAGGAUAAACUCAAAAACCAUCGAGAUUACUCGGAACUCGUUAAGUCUGAUCCAUGCCUUCUGGUGGAGAUAUACGAAGCAUGUCUUGCAAAGCAAGAAAAACACUGCAGUACAGGUUCCUGUUAA